GGUCGAACGGGAGUGAUGGUGUGCUCAUACCUGGUACACAGCCGCAUGUUUGCCACUGCUGGGGAGGCUCUCUCUUAUUACAGUGAGCGCAGGACGAAAGACCUCAAGGGGGUGACAAUCCCAAGUCAGCGGCGGUAUGUGGAGUACUAUGCCAAGCUAGUCAGCACACGUGCGGAGUACAACCCAGAGACGCUGGUGCUGCACUCGCUCUCUCUUGAGCCUGUGCCUACCUUCAAUGGAGGGACCUGCUCGCCAUUCUUCCUGGUUUGGAAGAGUGAUGCCAGCACCAUGGAGAAGUUGUAUGUGUCUCCUAUGCUGGAGGGACGUAAAGGCAACUCCACAUCACUGUGCUUCCACCUAACACGUACAGUGGCCCUCAAGGGCGACAUCAAAGUGGAGGUCUACAACAAGCCCAAAAUGAUGAAGAAGGAAAAGAUGUUCCAGUUCUGGUUCAAUACCUUCUUUGUACCUCCAAGCUGCAGUAGUAGCAGUGGUAGCAGCAGUGUAGGGCGAGGUGACGCACACUCACACCCCAAUGGUGUUGCAGGGGGAGGAGCAGCAGCACCUGCAGAACUCAGAAGAGCAAAAGCACAGACUAAUGCAAGAUCACUUUACAAGCAAUACAUGCAGACAACAACAAACAUACGAAAAUGUCGCAGGGUUCACAAUGGGGGAGAAGAGGAGAUGAGGACGUUAGUUCUCUGCAAGGACGACCUUGACAAGGCAUACAAGGACAAGACUCAUAGCAAAUUCAGUAAAGACUUCAAGGUAUCACUCAAAUUUGUGUCCCCAAGCCACCUGUGCCCCUCAGGUGCUGGAGGGGACGAUCCCAGCAGUGAUAUCGAUGGGCCAGGCUCUGAGAGUGACACCACAGACGACGAUGAUUGGGACACACAGGAGGCGACCCACAUCUAGGUUCGGCUCUCUCCACCCUUCACACACACCUGCCACAUCCCACAACUCACCUCCACCCCCGCCCCCACUACACCAUUGGCAUUGUUCUCUCUCUCUCACCCACAUACUUGUGUAUAAUGUGUUGCCAUGUGUUUGUAUAUGUGCAUAUAUCUGUAUGUGGAGUUCGCAGUGUGCUUUGCUGCGGCAAGGUUCUGUAUUUAUUCAAAUGUUGACCAGACAUUUUUGCCCUUGUGGAGGCAGAUCUGUGUGUGACUAGUUCUAUCAUCCAGUUGAGAAAAGAAAAGAGGAGCUUACACAGUGUGCUGUUUGUAUUAUUCAGGUCUUGCUCUCACAGUUAAUUCUUGUGGUUGACGGGGAUAAUCGACAAUUGGCUGUAGUGCAUGGCAAGAAAGCUUUAAUGAAGUUGGCUUUUGCAUAUGGAGCUGCUGACAGAAUGCACUGUGUAAACUAGCACCACACUUUUAUUAGGGGACAUUUUUGACAAUUUGGAUGCAUCUUCUGUUUUUAUUCAUGGCAAGUGUGUGAUUGCCAUGUGGUGAAGAAAAGGCGUUUGGGAGAGGAGUUUUGGGCAGCUGAAACUCCUGUGGCAAUAUAAACGUCUUGAACAGUGUGUGUUUAUGUGUGUGUAUGUGUGUGUGUGUGUGCAUGCACAUUAGUUUUUUGACAGCCUUUUUUUUAGGGAAUGUAUUUCGCUUUUAAUUCUUUCUGUUGAAAAGUCUGCAAGGUCUAAACUUAGGUGUUUUUAGGGUAAAGAAGCGAGCUAUUAUUUGUGCAGGCAGGUAAAGUCUUGGUCAUAGUUAACUACCUGGCAAUGCUCCAACAUCGCUAGUGCAGAUUUUUUUGUGAUAACACUUCAAAGGUUUUAUUUUCUUCAUAAAGAAUCUGCUGUAAUGCAGCAACACUGUGUUCAAAUGGCAUUGACAUGGCAUUCAGCCUUUGAUGUACAUGGAGGGUGCAACGUGGCCUUCUAUGUGGCUAAGGCAAUGUGCAACUGGAGAAGACUGGUUACUUUGGUGACCUCAUCAUGAAAGUUGCUCUGCUUUGUCAUUGGACGUAAUUAGGUUGCAUUAGAAGGCUGGAUGAAUGUGGGACCUAGAAGGGAACACUGCUGUUCACUUUAUUGCUGUUUGGUCAUUUGAUGCCUGUUAUAAUGAACUAGAAGGAACUGUCCCUUUAGUGCAGUGUAAUGGGGCCUCACAAUUUUCUUUUGCUUUCUGCCCACUGCAAUUGUUACCAAUGCUCCACCUGAUUUUUAAGCACCUGUUAGUGAAGGCAUACUUUAGUGGCUAUUUUUCCAGGCAUCUUGUCUUUGCCUGUAGCAUAUUCGAUGUGUAGAGAACUUGCUUUUUCAGUGAAUCUUGGUCACUGAGCCCAGCUCUUUUACCUGUUUUUUUUUCUCCAGUGAGUGAGUUGUUGGGGUAAAAGAAGUUUUGAUUAAAAAUAGUUGUGGUUAGUUUGAGUACCUGGAUAUAUGUAUGUAUAAGUAUAUAUAUAUAUACACGCACAGGCUAUAAGUAGAUUUUUAUGAAGGCCAUCUGGGCUUGAAGAAGAUUAAAGCAUCCUUUGGCAGUGAGCAUGAUACCUUUCAGUAUAAUGAGGGAAUAUGGCGCUUAGUGCAAAAUAUAUGUUAUUAUUGAAGAAGGCCGUGAAGCAUGCAGUGCAUUGUCUAAGCAUAGUAGUGUUUGUGCAUUUAAUGAUGUAGUGUAACUUGAGAAAUUAGUCAGCUGUGUUGGGUAACAGAUGUUCGAGUUAAAGUGAUAUUAAUUAGAUGAGUAAUACGUAUUUAGAAUUUGCUGCCACUUUACAUUUUCUCUUAUCCUUUAAGUGCUUAGCCAUUAAACGGAGUUGAAGGAAGCUCCUUAUCAAGAGCUGUAUUUAUUGGAGUACUGGUCACAUUAAAAUAUUACAGAUGGCUCCAUGCAUCAUGGGUUUGCACCAAAAUUCCACUGCUCUAUGUUGAGAAAUGUUUUGUUUCUGUGUAUGCUAAUCACUGCAAAACAAGUGGGAAGUAGCUCAACAACUUUUUGCAGAAAAUCUUCCAGUUUCUUUGUACGUAUCAUUCAAAAAAACAAAAAAAACAGGCGUGCAUGUUGGUUCAUUCUCUAGAGGGAACAAAAGCGCUGCUUGAAUGUGCAGUGUUUAACACAUCAGUUCUCCAAAAAUGUUAGGUCUACUUUAGGGAAUUUUGAUGUGCAGAGAAUUUAUAGUUGCACCAUAGUCGCACAAGCCAGUGACCGAUACCUGACAGCUGGAGAUUUUGCCAGUGAUCCUUAGCACUUGUUUUCAAAGGCUGCAUUUUUUUGACCGGUGUGAUUAAAAAGAAGCACUUAUAUGCGUUUCUCAAGUCUUAUCGCUUGGGCUUGCUUACACCCUGUAUAUAUGUGUAUAUGUAGAAACUUUGUACAGGGCUGCAUUAAUAAAAGUGACUGUAGACGUGAGUUAUCAAAACUACAAAACUGUACCAGACUAAUCUCGUGUAGGUGUUACAAAAUAUCAGUGUAAUUGGCAAACAAUGAAACAUACAUUUAUAUUCAAUUCUGCCCUGUGUUUUGCUUUAUUGAGUAUCGGCAUGCAUAGUCAAUUCUACACCCGUGAGGAUAUAUGUAACCUGCAUUCUUGCAGUACAUUUGUCCAGCUUCACUAUCCCAGCAAAGUGAGUUGCAAGGGGAGGCCACAUACGUGUGCUGGUAUUGGCACAACAACACAAGUUGUGAGGCUCAGUGAUCUCAUGUGUAGACCAAUGUUGCACUGACUGGAUAAACUCUACCAUGUGAUGCUUUUCUGGCUUGAUGGCUGCAAAACUGUGGUACUGCUGCUUGUAUUGGUAGCCUUUAGUGUUUGCUCUUGUUUCUUCUGUGCGUUGUCCUCCAUUUUAGAAUCAAACAAUAUCGAAUUGAGAUGGGAUGGUUUGCAUGCCUCUUGUCAGUGAUGUGCAUGAAGCCUGGGGAGUCGGUGCAAUGUGUUAAGGCAAAGUAUGGUCACCAAGAUUUUUUUUUUUUUGUAAAGAUUCCAUUGGUUGUGUGGGAUUACUUUCUAGCUUGAAACAGCUGAGCUUUUCUGUCACGUAUAUACCGGUAUGUUCAUUCGUGAUAUGUUGAAACGGCAUAAAUAUCUAAUAAUGGGUAGCAGGCUUUGCCACUGCAGUAACCCUCUAGCAACCAGUGGGCUUAUAUUACUUCCUACAGUUGGCUUCUUGCUGUUGAGCUUGCAGCAUUCUUCCUAACGCACAACGGUCACCCCUUUGCAUCGACAGUGGUGCUCCCUUCAUCUUGUGGGCUGUGAGCUUCGCAGGACUUUCUUCUUUCUCGUAAUGUGCACAAGAUGCAAAUGCUGCAAAGGAAAGUGAGUGCAGCACAUAUGCAAGGCCUGUGUUGUGCCCAUGUCUUUCUGUACAAAAUACCACACGAAGUGAUAUCAUUACUUUGUGAACACAUGAUAGCUUCUACCUGUGGAAAAUAUUCUGGGCUAUUAGAUUCAUUUCAUUUACAAGAUCUGAAUAAGUUUCUCAAACUUGAAGGGACACUAAAGAAGAAAAUGAUUUCGCUUUAAUACCAAAAAGACAACCCUUGCCGCAAGAAGACUCUUGGUAAGCCAGAGAACGCACAAAAAUGAAAUACAGGUAGUGCCGUCACCUUCAAGUUACUGCACCAACUUGCCAUGAUGUCAUAGACUUCGAUGGCAUAUGCUGGGGCCUGUAUAACUCUUUAUCAGCUAAAAUGAAUUACAGUAUGUGCUUAGGGAGCCAGAGACUUGACAUCGCAAGUUUAAGGAAGUUUUGCUGAGCAAAUAUGGCUGAAAGGCAAAAAAAAAGAAGCUUGAAAUCUGACUGGACAUUUUGCUGAGGUUUAGGUACGAAAUUCAAAAGUGAAACUUUGCCCUUUAUUUCUUCUUUUAAUAAUGAUCCUGCAAUCAAAAAAUUACCAAUAGAGUUCUCAAAGAAUAAUUAACCCUUUUAUUGCUGGGCUUUGUUGGAGGUGACGCACACUGAGCACCUGUGUUUUUUUUCCCUAAACGUUGUUACACUUAUGUGAGGAUGCUUAGAUGUGCUUUUGUUUAUUGAACUUGACCACUCAAAGCAACAAGAGCAAUGGGUAGAAGAGAAGGCAACAGAUUAGAGUUUCGACAAAUCAUGAAGACAUCCUGGAGGAAGCACGCCUUACCCAAGACAGCGGAUGCAAAAAAAAAAGAA